AUGAAAAAUUAUAGAAUAAACCUUUUGAACGUUUUUAAAAAGUCAGUCCCUUUAAGAAUAGUCAGAGAAAAACACACAAACUCAAAUGAGGGUACAGGAAAAUCAAAAAUAGAAAAAAAAAUAAUACAGCCAAUCGAAAGUAAAACCAAUACAUUUGUAAAUAAGAAUAAACAAAAACUAUCUAAUAAUGACAAUAAUAAUAUAAAAACAUUUUUAACAAAAUAUAAUAUAUAUAUAACAUAUUAUAGUGGUUUUGUAUUUUUGUUUUCUAUAUUUUCAUAUUGUGUUAUUAAUUUGGUAUGGAUGUUUGUUGAACAACCACCACCCUUAAUAAUUGUAAAAGAAAACGUUUUAAAAGAUAAAAAAUUAAUAGAUGAAUAUGAAGAAAUAAUAUUUUCCAGAUACUGGACUGGGUAUAUAAAUGAGGAUAGUGCUCAAAUUAUAAUUAACAUCAAAAGUAAAAAUAAACGUGAUAAAAAAGGAAAAAUUAUUAGUAACUUAAUUAAAAAAAAUAAUGAAUGGAUUGUAAAAACAUUAACAUAUUAUAAUGUAAAAAAAAAUGAUAAUUUACAAACAGAUGAUUUAAAAACAUUAAAACAAAACAUGACAAAUAGUAGUCUAUGCCCAAUAAAUACUGACAACUUUGGAUGUAAAAAAAAGUAA